AUGACGGUGAAGUAUGUGUUGAACGUGGGAGACUCUUCAAUUUAUCUCUGGCCUUUGAGGUUCAGAUAUUCUAUGAAAAGCUGUGCAAAGGAGGUUCCUACUAAAACAAAGCCUGUGGUGGAAAAUCCUGUUGUGGAGAAGGCUCCUGAAAAGAGAAGGCCAGCAGUGGAAAAAUCAUUUCUGGUUCAAGAUUCAGAUUAUCUCUUACAAGAAAAUAUGCCUGAUAGUGACUUAGAUGAACAAUUUAAAGAAGAAUUGAGAAAGAAAAAGUCUGAUUCAAGAUAUAUUGAGAUGCAGAGAUUUCGUGAGAAAUUGCCUUCCCACAGUAUGAGGAAGGAGCUCGUCAACCUUAUAAAUAAUAGUCGGGUAACUGUAAUAAGUGGUGAGACUGGUUGUGGAAAGACAACCCAGGUAACCCAGUUCAUUUUGGAUGACUAUAUUGAAAGAGGAAAAGGAUCUUCUUGCAGGAUUGUGUGCACUCAGCCUAGGAGAAUCAGUGCUAUUUCUGUAGCAGAAAGAGUUGCAGCAGAAAGGGCCGAAAGCUGUGGUAAUGGAAAAAGCACUGGCUAUCAAAUUCGCCUUGAAAGCCGGUUGCCAAGGAGACAAGGUUCAAUUUUAUACUGCACAACAGGAAUUGUCCUGCAAUGGCUCCAGUCAGACAAACAAUUGUCCAGUGUAAGUCAUGUAAUCCUUGAUGAAGUCCAUGAGAGAAAUCUUCAAUCAGAUGUUUUAAUGGCAAUAAUUAAAGACCUCCUGAAUGUACGACUAGAUUUGAAAAUAAUUCUGAUGAGUGCUACACUGAAUGCUGAGAAGUUUUCAGAUUAUUUUGACGGUUGUCCUAUGAUCCAUAUUCCUGGCUUGGCUUAUCCUGUCAAGGAAUACCUUUUGGAAGAUGUAAUUGAGAAAUUACGGUAUUCAAAAAGACCCCUCCUGGUGUUCGUAAAAUUGUAAUUGCUACAAACAUUGCUGAGACUAGUAUCACCAUAGAUGAUGUAGUUUAUGUUAUAGAUGGAGGGAAGAUAAAAGAAACUCAUUUUGACACACAGAAUAAUAUCAGCACCAUGGCUGCAGAAUGGGUUAGCAAAGCAAAUGCCAAGCAAAGAAAAGGGAGAGCAGGCAGAGUUCAACCUGGGCAGUGCUACCACUUAUAUAAUGGUCUUCGUGCCAGUCUGCUAGAUGAUUAUCAGUUGCCUGAAAUCCUGAGGACACCUUUGGAGGAACUGUGUUUGCAAAUCAAGAUUUUGAAACUUGGAGGUAUUGCAAAUUUUUUGAUGAAGCUCAUGGAUCCACCAUCACAUGAUGCUGUAGUGCUCUCCAUAAAGCAUCUAAAGGAGUUGAAUGCAUUGGACAGACAAGAACAGUUGACUCCCCUUGGUGUCCACUUGGCACGAUUACCUGUGGAGCCACACAUUGGAAAAAUGAUUCUGUUUGGAGCCUUAUUCUGUUGCUUAGAUCCUGUUCUCACUAUUGCAGCUGGCCUCAGCUUCAAGGACCCCUUUGUCAUUCCCUUGGGUAAAGAAAAAUUAGCAGAUGCAAGAAGAAAGGAACUCUCAAGAAAUUCUAAAAGUGAUCACCUGACUGUUGUGAAUGCUUUCAAGGGUUGGGAAGAAGCUCAGCGGCGUGGCUUCAGGUAUGAGAAGGAUUAUUGCUGGGAGUACUUUCUUUCUCCCAAUACCCUGAAGAUGCUGCGAAACAUGAAAGGGCAAUUUGCAGAACAUCUCCUUGCAGCUGGGUUUGUGAAUAGUAGGAACCCUUGGGAUCCCAAAUCCAACAUUAACUCAGAAAAUGAGAAGUUACUCAAAGCUGUUAUCUGUGCUGGAUUAUAUCCAAAAGUGGCCAAAAUCCGAGCAAACUUCAGCAAAAAGAGAAAAAUGGUUAAAGUUUCCACCAAAACAGAUGGAACAGUGAAUAUUCAUCCCAAAUCUGUGAAUGUUGAAGAAACAGAAUUCCAUUACAACUGGCUAGUUUAUCACUUGAAAAUGAGGACAAGUAGUAUAUACCUGUAUGACUGUACGGAAGUUUCGCCAUAUUGUCUUUUGUUUUUUGGAGGAGAUAUUUCAAUUCAAAAGGACAAAGAUCAGGAUACAAUAGCUGUAGAUGAAUGGAUUGUUUUUCAGUCUCCAGCAAGAACAGCACAGUUAGUAAAGGAUUUGAAAAAAGAAUUGGAUGACCUUCUGCAAGAGAAAAUAGAAAAUCCACAACCUGUGGACUGGAACAAUACUAAAUCAAGGGACACUGCAGUGUUGACAGCUAUUAUAGAUUUAAUCACUACACAAGAGAAUGAAACUGCCAGAAACUUUGCACCUCAUUUCCAAAAUGAACAAUACAAUUAAUAGUGUUUCCUUGUUGAAAACAUGGUAACGCUACCAAUUUUUUCCCCAUCUCUUUUAAUUUUUUUACAUCUGGACAUCUUGUUAUUUCAUCUUUAGCGUUAGUAUUUCAUAAUGGCUUUGUGUAAAUGGCAUGGCGUGUAUAAAGUACUAGUUAAGUGCAUUAUCAUCUGUAAUAUUGUAUAUGUGCGUCAAGUUAUUUUCCGCUUCUUGUAUAACUGAUUUCCCUCUGGCAAAAGUUGGAUAAAAUAAAAUGAACCGAUUUUUACAUUU